AUGCCCAAUGUUAUUGUUAGUAACAUUACUUUUCAUUUAUUAGGCGAAAAAUGUAGAGGUUGCCGUCUUGAUAAAUGUUUAAUUGAAGGAAUGGAUCCUUUAAUGGUUAAAACUAAUGAUAUGAAAUGCCGAGAUGAAUUUAUUGAAAUGUUAGAAAAACGCCGAAAUAAAUUACACAAAAAUCUCGACAAGGUAAAAGACGAUCCUCACGAAGAAGAAGAAGAGUAUUUAGAUGAUGGAAAUGAAAAUCUAAAUUAUAAUGAGGAAGAUGAUAAAAUUAUUUGUGUUAAAAAUAAAUAUAAAAAAUUAAAAAACAAACAAAAUUACACAGAAAAACACGGCCAACAAAAUUAUAUCUUGGCACCUUUAGAUGCAGAAAAUAGUCAAAUGGAACAUUUAAUUCGAAUUCGUGAAGCACAAAGCCGAAUUAGAAAUGCAUUUAUGGAAUUUGAUGAUCAACAAUUUUUAUCUUUAAAUUUAAAUUCUUUGCAAGAUAUCUUAACUGAUGUGUCAAAUAUCAUUUUAGAAGCAUCUGAAUUUUCGGUGAAAAUAAUAAAAAUAAAUACAGUCAAAUACAUAACUAAAAUUGAUAAUGGAUACCCGAUUAUAGGUGAUAAUGGACUGAUACCAUCAAGUUUUGCUCAUUAUUUUUCAGUUCCGUAG